GAGGGCUGCGCGGUGCAUUGUGGGAGCAGCGCCGAGGCCGGCGGUUCCCUCACGGUUCCUUCGGCGGGACGAGAUGCUGACCUCGCGCACGUUCCUCAAGCGCACGCGGGCCGGCGCCGUCCUGAAGGUGGUGCGCGAGCACUACCUGCGCGACGACAUCUCGUGCGGGGCGGCCGCCUGCGCGCUCUGCGGCGGCGGAGGAGGAGGAGCGGAGGAGGCCGGCGGCGACCAGCGGCCCUUGGAAGCUCAGCCGUGCGGGGCCGCCAGCAGCCUCUGCCCGGAGCCGCACUACCUGCUGCUCGACACCAACGUGCUGCUGCACCAGAUUGAUAUACUAGAAGAUCCUGUUAUUAGAAAUGUGAUCAUCCCUCAGACGGUCUUGCAGGAAGUAAGAAGGCGGAGCGCUCCAGUAUACAAACGAAUAAGAGAUGUGUUAGCAAAUACUGAAAAACAUUUCUAUUCUUUCACUAACGAGCAUCAUAAAGAAACGUACAUAGAACAAGAGCAAGGGGAAAAUGCUAAUGACCGUAAUGACAGAGCCAUCAGAAUAGCAGUGAAAUGGUAUAAUGAGCAUCUGAAGGGAUUGCAGGACGAAGAUAGGAUAAGAGUUAUCUUGCUCACCAAUGACAGAAAAAAUAAAGAGAAAGCUGUGGAAGAGGGAAUUACUGCUUAUACAUGUGAAGAGUACAUAAAGAGCUUGAUAGCCAAUCCUGAACUUGUGGAUCGACUUGCUUGCAUAAAUGAUGAAGCGAACGAAAUAGAAAAUGGAAGGAUCAUUUUCUCUGAGCAUCUUCCACUCAGCAAACUGCAGCAGGGUAUCAAGUCUGGCCUUUACCUCCAAGGAACCUUCAGAGCUAACAGAGAUAAUUACCUUGAAGCUACAGUUUGGGUUCACGGUGAUGGGGAUGAGAGAGAGGUAUUAAUACAAGGGCUUAGAAAUUUAAAUCGCGCAGUGCAUGAAGACAUCGUAGCUGUGGAGCUGUUAUCAAAAGAUGCCUGGGUUGCACCAUCCUCUGUGGUCUUGCUUGAUGAGGCGGGUCAGGAUGAAGAGGAUGAUGUGGAAAAAGAAGAACAGAAGGAAAACAGUCUGAAGACCUCUGGGAACAAGAGCAUGCUGCGCCCAACCGGCAGAGUUGUGGGCAUCAUAAAAAGAAACUGGAGGCCUUUUUGUGGCAUGCUUUCUAAGUCCCAAAUAAAAGAGGCAAGGCGACAUUUAUUUACACCAGCUGAUCGCAGAAUCCCUCGAAUCCGAAUAGAAACAAGGCAGGCUUCAACACUAGAAGGGCAAAGAAUUAUCGUUGCUAUUGAUGGCUGGCCUAGGACUUCGAGAUAUCCUAAUGGGCAUUUUGUAAAGAAUUUAGGAACAGCUGGAGAUAAGGAGACUGAGACUGAAGUCCUGUUGCUUGAACAUGAUGUUCCCCACCAAGCUUUCUCCCAAGCGGUUCUUAGCUUCCUGCCCAAGAUGCCCUGGAGCAUUACUGACCAGGAUAUGAAGUUGAGAGAGGACUUGAGGCAUUUGUGUGUAUGCAGCGUGGAUCCCCCUGGCUGUACUGAUAUUGACGAUGCAUUGCACUGUAGAAAGCUGGAAAAUGGAAAUCUAGAGGUUGGUGUACACAUAGCAGAUGUCAGCCAUUUUAUUCGUCCGGGAAAUGCCCUGGACCAGGAAUCUGCAAAAAGGGGCACAACUGUGUAUCUGUGUGAAAAGAGGAUUGAUAUGGUUCCAGAGCUGCUCAGUUCAAACCUGUGUUCGUUGAGAUCCAAUGUUGACAGGCUUGCAUUUUCCUGUAUAUGGGAAAUGAAUCACAAUGCUGAAAUCUUGAAAACUAGAUUUACAAAAAGUGUAAUUAAUUCCAAGGCUUCCCUUACAUAUGCUGAGGCACAAAUGAAAAUAGAUUCUUCCAGCCUGAACGAUGACAUUACUUCUAGUCUGCGUGGACUAAAUAAACUAGCCAAAAUUCUUAAGAAGCGUCGGAUAGAUAACGGGGCUUUAACUCUCUCUUCACCUGAAGUUCGUUUCCACAUGGAUAGUGAAACCCACGAUCCUAUUGAUUUACAGACAAAGGAGCUCAAAGAAACCAACUCCAUGGUUGAAGAGUUCAUGUUGCUUGCUAACAUCUCUGUGGCACAAAAGAUCUAUGAUGAAUUCUCAGAGCAUGCCUUGCUAAGAAAGCAUCCUGCUCCACCUCCAUCAAAUUAUGACAUCCUUGUGAAGGCUGCAAAGUCUAAGGGUUUGGACAUCAAAACUGACUCAGCAAAAGCCCUGGCUGAUUCUCUUGACAGUGCAGAAUCACCUUCUUUUCCUUACCUGAACACUCUGUUACGUAUCUUGGCUACUCGCUGCAUGAUGCAAGCCGUUUACUUUUGCUCUGGAAUGGACACCGAUUUUCGUCACUAUGGCUUAGCCUCUCCUAUUUAUACACAUUUUACUUCACCCAUCAGAAGGUAUGCUGAUAUUAUAGUACAUCGGCUGCUGGCUGUGGCCAUAGGGGCAGACAGCACUUAUCCUGACCUCACGGAUAAACAUAAAUUGGCAGAUUUGUGCAAGAAUCUAAAUUACAGGCAUAAAAUGGCUCAGUAUGCCCAGAGAGCUUCGGUUGCCUUCCACACUCAGUUGUUUUUCAAAAACAAAGGCGUGGUGAAUGAAGAGGCGUAUAUCCUGUUUGUACGGAAAAACGCAAUUGUCGUUCUGAUUCCCAAAUAUGGCUUGGAAGGCACCGUCUUCUUUGAAGAAAAAGACAAACCAAAACCAACCCUUCUGUACAAUGAGGAGAUUCCCUCUCUCACUGUGGAAGGCACACCUUUCUAUACGUUUGACAAGGUUAUAGUGAACAUCAUGUUAGAUGCUUCCAAUAUUCAGCACCAGAAAAUCCGUAUGGCCCUGGUGGAGCCCAAGGUACAAGGCAUUAGUAUUCCAAGCCAGGCCAAGCAACUGAGCGGCAAGAAUGAACCAGAGAAAAAGAAGACAAAAUUGGGAAAAUAGCUUCAUUUAGCCAAAAACAAAUAGUUAAUUUUACAUCAUAUUGGAUGUUUAAGACAAAUGAUAUUUUAUAUACUUUUACAAGCCACUUUUAAAUAACUUUGUGUCGUUUAAACUUUUAUUUUUAUAUGUCCCUGUUCAUGUAUUGUAUUUAAAAGCACCACUUGAAAAACAAAGCUAAGCUUCUGGACAUUUUUAGGUGAUUCUACAGAAGCAACAAAGUAAAGAAUAUCUUUACACUUUCCUGAUGCAGAAUUGUCUAUAUGUGCUGUGGUGUUUCAGACAUUUCAAAAUAACAUUUGCUAAAACUGUUCAUGUACAAAAAAUAAUUAAAAGAGGAAGUAAUGAACCAUCUUUUGAACCUCAA